AUGGCGUCGCAUAAAACUACCGGUAGUCUCAAUUUGCAGCCGAUGAAUAGUGCCAAUUAUACGGCAGCGCAAGAUGGAGUACAGGACUUCCAAGGCUCCUCGUCUGCGCACAACUCUGUGCCAGAGAAACCGUCCAUCCAUGGUGCUGGAAUCACCUCUCAACCCAUUUUGGAUAUGGCCACCGCUUCGUUGCCCAAAGACGAAUCUGAUCACAGCCAAGAUCCUAAACCUGUGGCUUACGAGAACAAUGUCGAACAAGACCUAUCUAUCAAGAAACCAUCUCUCUCGCCGCCUUCUCAUCCGAUCCCGGUCCAGCAACCAGAAAUUCCCAAACCAACAACCCUCUCGCAGUCCAUCCCCGGCAAACCGAUGUCUCUGUACAUUGACCAAAAGAGCCUCAGUGUAUCGCCACCUCCUCGAACCAAAUCUCCGUUCCGCGACUCCUCCAACGUGUUCAUCAAGCAGAUCAAGGACCAAAGACGUCCAAUGUACACGCCUGCCGUUUUGCGCUCCGAUAGCAUGAGCAGAACGUCGUCCUCUCAAAGCGGAUGCGAUCUUAUCGACGUGAACAACCCAGAACGCCCGAUUUUGAAGUCGACAAUGUCAUCGUCGUCGCUGAGGUCGGUGUCGUCGAUCUCCGACUACUUUGGCUCGUUCACCCGCGCAUACGGGAAAAACAUCCCGGUCGAAGGCCCUACAAGAGAGCACUGGAAGCCAAAUAAUAGUCGGUUCAGCUGCGCGAAAUGUAACCGGGUGUUCCAUUUCAUGACAGAAGGCCGCCGGAAACACCACUGUCGCUACUGCGGAGACAUAUUCUGCAGCGACUGUUUGAAAAACUACGUGUAUCUUGAUGAAAGCGCUCAUUUCACGCUGUUUGGAAACUCAGAAGACGUUCCCGAUGACAAAGAUAAGAAAUAUUUAUGCAAAGUGUGCCAAGACUGUGCACACAAGUACGAAGUGUAUCUGAAAGACCAUACAACGAGAAAUUUGGACUUGGAAUCAAAUAAGGAUUCGUCUCUUACGAAAAGCUCCACUAGAAAAGACACAGUUGCAAACGUUCAAAACCCAAUGCCCGCAGAUUGGGAUUGGAGUUCUUUCUGA